AUGUACGACAAGAACGUCGUGGUGUACUUGGAGCCGAGCACAUGUGUCAGCAGGACUUUGGAAGUCCAGGGCACAAAGCAGAGCCGUGAGUUGAGUUUGGAAAAGGGAUCUUUGGUCCUUAGAAAUCAAGACCAGUUGACAAGUGCUACAGAUAGUGAGAUCAAGCUUCGCAAUGCCCUUGUCCGCCGUGGCAUUGCCUUUCAGUUUGCAAAGUUGAUGUCGCAUGCUCAACACACGGAAUGGGCAACAUUCUUGUUUGAGGCCCUGCACCGAGAUGCACCGCCUGGUUAUAGCCGACCGAGCGUGGCGCAACUACUACAAUGUGAUAGAGCUGCUUGGGCAAGACUAGGCAGUACGGUGAGCAGCAUUAGGCAGGACCAGCUUGGAGGUUACUCGUUAGGAGACGCUCUGUUGGCGUUGAGAUCAGAUCCAUACAUUACGUUGUAUUUGGCGCCUUUAGCAAGGCAUGGGUUGACGCAGAGUGAUUCCGGGCGUCGCAGCACUGGGCCCUAUGAGUCAUCAUGGCAGGAUCGCAGUUCAAAGGGAAAGGGCAAGGGCAAGAAGGGUUCAGGAAAGGGGUGGAAAGAGCAAUCCACCUAUGCCGCGUGA